GGUCCGCCGUGCAGAUGAAAAAGUUUUUGAAGGGACAGUGAGCUGCAUGCUGAUUAGGAGCGACUUCCUUCCUCAGCCGGGGCGCUAACAUGGAGUUGGGGGGUUAUAAAUGCGAGCAAAACAUUUUGUCAAACAAACAAGCCUAUAGACUGCUGGAAAGUGCGAGAACUUAGACGGACACAACCGAGGUUCAAACAUGAUGGAUGUUACGAGACUCUUUGUUGUUGUGUUGACUCUCCUGCUGGGAAGAGCCGUCGGGAUAGAGCCAAGUAGUGGAUACUGCAUCGGGACUCACUGUUUCACUGUGCUCCAAGAUCCCAGCGAUUUCACAACCGCGCAGAACCAAUGUAGAGAUCAAGGCGGCCACUUAAUGACAGUGCGGUCGACUGUAUCCCAUGAUAUUAUUUCUGGCUUGUUGGGAAACUUCGCGGGGCGGUUCUGGAUCGGUUUGCAUCUAACGAGCGGCUGUCCAGACGCUGCUGCUGAGAUGAGAGGUUUCCAGUGGGACACCGGAGACAACGUAACUGACUUCUCAAACUGGGCGCCGAGUUUUGACAGCAGCUGCUCUUCUCCUCGCUGCAUCUCCGUUUCUCAAGAGGACAAGUUCAGAUGGAUCCAGGCACCAUGCGACGAACUAGCGGAUGGGUUUUAUUGUGAGUACAGCUUCACUAACCCGUGCAAAAAUCUAGCGGUUGCAGAUAGUGAGACUGUCACCUACAGGACUCCCAUGGGGCUUGAGAGCGAGGACUUGUUGUCUUUGCCACCUGGAAGCACCGCUAUCCGGAUGCCAGCUGAGACUAAAUACGUCUGCUUCUCCCAGCAGUGGUUGCAGGCGCCUUGGAGCUGCGAGAUAGAAGAAGGUGGGUGUGAGUACAAAUGCGCAGCAGACCCCAAUAAUGUGCCCUCCUGCUACUGCCCAUUCGGACAUAGUGUCAACCCUGCAAAUAAAAUCACCUGCGAAGUGGCCGCAGGCGACCCGUGCCUGGCACUGCGCUGUGAGCACGCCUGCUACGAGACUGGAGGCUCGUACGCGUGCAUGUGUGACCACGGAUUUAAGCUGGCUGAGGAUGGCAGGUCUUGUGUGGACUUUAAUGACUGCAGGGACGAGCGGCAGUGUCCCGGGGAGAACUUCAUGUGCGUCAACAACGUCGGCGGCUUUCAGUGCGUCUGCAAGGAUGGAUACAAGCUGAGCGGCGGUCUGUGCGUCGACGUGGACGAGUGUGUGUCCGCUCCAUGUGAGCACUUGUGCGACAACACUCCUGGUAGCUACAGGUGCUCAUGUUAUGAUGGCUAUAAAGAGGACCCAAAGGCACCGAAUAAGUGUAAACUUCACUGUGGGAAGAAGGAGUGCGCCGCCGAGUGCGACCCGAAUGACAGAUUCCAGUGCUACUGCCCUGAUGGUUAUGUGGCGGAGGAAAGGGAAGACCAUACGGUUUGUAUUGACAUAGACGAGUGCUUUUUCUUGUAUUGCGAUCAAGAUUGUACGAACACGUUCGGCGGCUAUGUGUGCGCAUGCUCUCCAGGAUAUACACUAGUUGAACAAUAUAAGUGCGUUAAAAACAGAGACGAUACAGACACAGAUGGAGGGCUGGAGGGCUCCGGUGCGAGUCCGACUCCGAACAUCCCCACCCCCACAGCAUCCCCCGUGCCACAUCCAGAACCAACAAGGCAACCGUCAGCGGUGACAGUGGGGGCUUUUGUGGGGAUAAUAGUGUGCACUGUCUUUUUUAUCGUCUUGGUGGUGUUUCUGGUUCAUUACAUGCUCUGCAACAGAGGGAAGAUGGAGAGCGCCGGCACGCUCAAAGCUCCGGAGGGCGAAGCUCACGGUUUACAUCAUGUGACGAGUGACGCGUAAAUGAUAAAGACAGCUAAAGCGCGACAUGUGAAUGUACAGGCCGAGCCUAGGACACAACUGCAGAAACUGUUGGGACAGGUUUUGAGUGAUGUUCGUUUCACAGCCAAACAAUCCGAGGUAGGAGUGUGGUGAUGCCACAAGAGAGAUAAAGCCACCAUAAACUUACAGGACAACAGAAAUAUAACACAAAUAUUCUCAUUUUGUUCCCUGUCUGAAAGGACAGGUUUUAUCUACCAUUCAACUCUCAUACACCAGAUGCAAUGUAAUAAAUCAUGACAAAGAACUUUGUUUUUUAAAAAAGUUUGUGCUGGAACAUUAUUAAAUUAUGAAAAUGCGAA